CAAACAUAAGGAAUGUUUUCAAACGUUUUUAUUUUGUUUGUGUUUCUGCCGCUGGUGCUUGUCGGUCAAUGGAAUCGCCUCAUUUCAAAUUAAAUCUUCGCCACGUUUAGGAAACGACAACUUCAAGGCCAAGUGAUGGCAGAGAACGUGAACUCGGAGUCGCUGUUAGGCGCGUUUAGUCGUUUCGCGGUCCAUGGAGACACCAUGGCCAGCGGAAAGGAAAUGAACGGGAAGAACUGGGCCAAACUCUGCAAGGAUUGCAAGAUCAUGGAUGGCAAGAACGUCAACGGAACUGACGUUGACAUCGUCUUCUCCAAAGUCAAGCAGAAGUCAUCCCGCGUGAUCACCUUCAAUGAGUUCUUGCAAGCACUGCAGGAGUUAGCGCCAAAGAGGUUCAAGGGCAAAAGCCAUGAGGAGGCCAUCACGGCCAUGUACCAGCUGGUAGAGGCCGGAGAGCCCAGGAAAUUUGGAGUCACGAAGGCUGUAAAAGCUGGGGGCGUCGAACGUCUGACGGACACGUCAUUGUACACGGGGUCACACAAGGAACGCUUUGACGAGAGCGGACGAGGUCGAGGACGCGAGGGCCGAGAGGACAUUGUCAACGACUCAGGAUACGUUAGCUCCUACAAAAAUGAAGGGACGUACGAUGCUAAAAUGAGGGAUGAAAAAUGAAUCCACUGCGUACACACAAUCAGGAAGUAUAAGCAGCCUUCAAGUUUGACCCCCACAUGUUCAAUGGGUGCUACUUCCUGCCAAGUGAAAGAAAAUAAAAAUCAUAAUUUAAUUAAAUACUGUA